CUCCCCCGGCUGCUCUCCGCUGCCGGACUGGGCGAGCGCCCGAGCUAGUCGCCGCCAGCACCGGCCGCUCUGCGGAACGCGAGAAAGAAGAAGAAGAAGACGCCGCGCUCCCUCGCUCUGUGCCCGGGAAGCGCGCGCCGGAGAGCCCUUCCGGAGCGCCCCGUCCGUGGCCGCCUCCGAGCUCGCUUCUCCCGCGCCACCUGCCUGCCCCGGCCGCUCUCCCUUCCUCCUCCGGCCGCUUGGAAGGCGGAGUUGCAGCCGCUGCCUGCUGGGCUGCCUUCGCCAGCGCUCUCGGCGGGACGGCGCCGCCGCUGAUGGAGCCCGGACUCUGAGCCGAGCCGAGCCGAGGAGGAGGAGGAGGAGCGCGCGUGGCUCGGCUAUUGUUUCCCAGCGGCGGCGGCGGACUCGCUCUUGUCCCGGCCGGACCUGCGGGGGACACCUGGGGCCGCCGGCCUCGGAGGGGGGGGCGACGGUCUGCCCCCCUCAAAGGCUCGCCUGCGCCGGAGAGAGCCCCCUCCCCCGCCCGCCCGAGCGUAGUUGAAGACCUGCACUUCAUGGAAGAAGGAGACAUCUCUGUGUUGACCAGCAAACAUCCAAGCCCUCAUGGAUUCUGAGCACUCUGUUGCUGCCCAGUAGCUGGAGAAGUGGGAUGUUUACGUGGAAGUGUCUUAUUUUGGGGGCUGUGCUGGUCAUAGCCACACUAUCCACUGCAAGACCAGCGCAAACCUUGCCAGAACAAGUUCUCCCCCAAACAAGCCUUGAAGUGGAGUCUUAUUCGGCUCACCCUGGCGACCUCCUCCAGUUGCGCUGCCGGCUCCGGGACGAUGUUCAGAGCAUCAACUGGGUGCGAGACGGGAUCCAGCUAUCCGAGAACAACCGGACGCGCAUCACAGGGGAGGAGGUAGAGGUCAGGGAAGCUGUGCCUGAGGACUCCGGUCUUUACGCCUGCAUGACCAACAGCCCCUCAGGAAGCGAGACCACCUAUUUCUCCGUAAAUGUCUCAGAUGCUCUUCCAUCUGCAGAAGAUGAUGACGACGACGAUGAUUCUUCCUCAGAGGAAAAAGAGGCAGACAACUCCAAACCGAACCAAGCCAUCCCACCUUACUGGACGUACCCAGAGAAAAUGGAGAAGAAGCUCCAUGCAGUUCCUGCGGCCAAAACGGUGAAGUUCAGAUGUUCUUCUAGUGGGACACCCACACCCACCCUGCGUUGGCUGAAGAACGGCAGGGAAUUCAAGCCAGAUCAUCGCAUCGGUGGAUACAAGGUUCGUCAUGCAACUUGGAGCAUAAUCAUGGACUCUGUGGUCCCAUCGGAUAAAGGCAACUACACUUGCAUUGUGGAGAAUAAAUAUGGAGUCAUCAAUCACACCUACCAGCUUGAUGUUGUUGAGCGAUCUCCUCACCGGCCUAUCUUACAAGCUGGGCUCCCAGCUAACAAGACGGUCUCACUAGGUAGCAAUGUGGAAUUUGUCUGCAAGGUCUAUAGUGACCCUCAGCCCCACAUCCAAUGGCUGAAGCACAUUGAAGUCAAUGGAAGCAAGAUUGGACCAAAUAAUUUGCCUUUUGUUCAGGUCUUGAAGCACUCGGGAAUUAAUAGCUCUGAUGCGGAAGUGCUGACCCUCUAUAAUGUGACAGAGGCUGAAAGCGGGGAGUAUGUUUGUAAGGUUUCCAAUUAUAUUGGUGAGGCUAACCAGUCUGCGUGGCUGACCGUCACCAGACCCAUGGCUGAAGCUAUAGAAGACAAACCAGCUAUGAUGGCUUCCCCUUUGUACUUGGAGAUAAUCAUUUACUGCACGGGGGGCUUCCUCAUCUCCUGCAUGAUCGUGACGGUCCUCAUUUACAAGAUGAAGAGUACCACCAAGAAGACCGAUUUCAACAGCCAGUUGGCCGUCCAUAAACUGGCCAAGAGCAUCCCCUUGCGCAGACAGGUAACAGUCUCAGCUGACUCCAGUUCCUCCAUGAACUCCGGUGUGAUGCUUGUGCGUCCCUCAAGGCUCUCCUCCAGCGGGACUCCAAUGCUGACGGGGGUCUCUGAAUAUGAACUGCCAGAAGACCCUCGUUGGGAGUUGACCAGGGACAGGCUGAUUCUAGGGAAACCUCUGGGGGAAGGAUGCUUUGGGCAAGUUGUACUAGCUGAAGCAAUAGGCUUGGAUAAAGACAAGCCAAACCGAGUUACUAAAGUGGCAGUCAAAAUGCUAAAAUCUGAUGCCACUGAAAAAGACCUAUCUGAUUUGAUCUCAGAGAUGGAGAUGAUGAAGAUGAUUGGAAAACACAAGAACAUCAUCAAUCUCCUUGGAGCCUGUACUCAAGAUGGCCCGCUCUAUGUGAUCGUAGAGUAUGCAUCCAAGGGGAACCUAAGGGAAUACCUACAAGCCCGUCGGCCUCCUGGCAUGGAAUAUUGCUAUAACCCCACCCAUGUCCCAGAAGAGCAGCUCUCUUUCAAAGAUCUGGUAUCCUGUGCAUACCAAGUGGCCAGGGGCAUGGAAUACCUCGCAUCCAAAAAGUGUAUUCACCGAGAUUUGGCUGCCAGGAAUGUGCUGGUAACGGAAGACAUUGUGAUGAAGAUUGCUGAUUUUGGCCUGGCUCGAGACAUUCACCACAUAGAUUAUUACAAGAAGACGACAAACGGUCGUCUGCCAGUCAAAUGGAUGGCCCCAGAAGCCUUGUUUGAUAGAAUAUACACCCACCAGAGCGACGUGUGGUCCUUCGGUGUCCUCUUGUGGGAGAUCUUCACCCUGGGUGGCUCUCCAUACCCAGGAGUGCCAGUGGAGGAGCUGUUCAAACUGCUGAAAGAGGGGCAUCGAAUGGACAAACCCAGCAAUUGCACCAAUGAAUUGUACAUGAUGAUGCGGGAUUGCUGGCACGCCGUUCCAUCCCAGCGGCCGACCUUUAAGCAGCUGGUCGAAGACUUAGAUAGGAUCGUGGCCAUGACCUCAAACCAGGAGUACCUGGACCUCUCUCUACCAUUGGACCAGUAUUCUCCCAGUUUUCCAGACACUCGCAGUUCCACUUGCUCUUCUGGGGAGGACUCUGUUUUCUCCCACGAUCCCCUCCCUGAUGAACCUUGUCUUCCCAAGCAUCCACCUCACCUUGCCAAUGGUGGACUGAAAAGGCGCUGAUGCUGCAACCUCUGUGGGACCCUUCUGUGCAUACGAGGGUGAUGACUGUGUGUCAGUGAAUGAAUGGCUGUGUGUAUGCGUGUGUGCACAGACUCUAUCCAGCUGGGCUGGAGGGAGGACCACUGGAGGGUAGCCAUUAAAGAACUGCGAAAAGUCCAUUCCAAGUAACCAGACCUACUCACCAUCAUCUUCUUCAACACACUGCCAUCUGUUGCAAGCCUUAAGCCUUCCAAAGAACUGCUCAUACAAAUCUUGUGAUCUGGGGUAGGAAGCGGUGUUUAAACAACAACAACAAUAAAAAAGGAAGAUCCAGAUGUCUAUUCCUAGGCAGAAGGACGUUGUUACUUCUUAGAAGGAGAUUCUGGAAGAGGGGGUGAAGAACAUUCCCACGAAGAUGAAAGUCCUUUAUUUUUUUCUCACAAAUAAAUCCAAGUUCUGCCACCUCUUGAGAGCUGAGAAAGCAAAAAAUCAAAGCUGCUCUGCAUGAUGCUACUUGUGGGCAUCAGGAUUCUCUUAAGCUGAAAAAUCUUUAGCGCCUGCUACUUGAGGAUCCAUUAAUGUCUCACGCGACAUCUUAAUUCAACAUUCUGCAGGUGGAGCAGAGAAGCAACCCCAUUGCUUCUGAUGUGUCUUAGGAGCGCACUGUCCAUUGGUACUUCACUGGCCAAACCUGAAAAUGAUCUACUACAUUAUACACCAUACACAGCUCUGGCCUAACGUGUAAAGAAGGCAGCCCCUGGAACCCAGGGCUUGGACAUAUUCAGACAAAAACAAAGGAAACUAAAGAACUUUUGUACAUAGCUGCCACAAAAUGUAUAAAUAUUAAUUAUAUAUUUACAUGUCUUUUUUUUUUUUUAAACGGUGGUUACCAGAGAGACUAUCACCUCGAUAAUAGGAAGUUACUAGCGACUGGUAGGUUAUCAGUUGCUAUAAAAGAAAACCCAGACAAAUCGUAUAUUUUGCUACUUCUGCUGGUUUUGCUUUGUUUUGUUUUAUUUUAUUUUUUUUUUAAAUUAUGUUCUAAAACUUUUUAUUUUCAGUUUAGGUACUUCAAUAAAAAUGGCUGCUUCGGUUUUAUAUCAAACGGCGAGUCUGUGGGUAACCAGGCCUCUUGGGGGGGAUUUGAAAUCUUCCCCAUCUCCUGCACACACACACACACACACACUGCUCACCUGUACUUCAGACCCCUCUGAACCCAGAGCCCCCUUCACCACCACCACCCCCAAUAACUCACCUUGCCUACUCCCUUGUUGUUAAGACAGAGCGAUGCUGGCAAUCAUGGCAGGCCCGAAGCCUCGUAGCUGAGUGACUUUAAGAAGCCCGGGUGCCCACCUCCCUUUUUAUCCUGAGGGGGCAAAGCUUCCCGAGCAACCCACGGGCAAAUUCUCCCAACAGAUUGUGCUAGAUUGGCAGCUUUGAAUAAGGACAGGUGUUCCUCAACGUACGACCGCAACUGAGCCCAAAAUUUUCCAUUGCUAACCAAGACAAUUGUUAGGUGAGUUUUGUCCCAGUUGCUAAGUGCAGCGCUGUAGUUGUUAAAUUACUAACACGGUUGGGAAGUGAAUCUGGCUUCCCUCGUUGACUUUGCUUGUCAGAAGGUCACCCAAAGGGGAUCACAUGACCCCCCCGGGACGUUGCAACAGUCAUAAGUACAUGCCAGUUGCAUAGUAUCCGAAUUUUGAUCAUGUGACCAGGAUGCACUGGCUGUGCGGAAAAUAGUCACACGUCUCGUUUUUCAACGCCGUCGUAACUUCAGACACUCACAAAAUGAGUGGCUGUAGGAGGUGAACUACCUGUUACUCUCCUUCCCCUGGGUAAUGCCCAAGACCCCAGGGAGUGACUUAUCUAAAGCAGCAGGGACCUUCCAACGGGAUGCUUUUCAUUUUCUAAAUGUCCCUGUUUUUACUUGUAAGAAUGACCCAGCCAAACGCUUGGUAACAAUCCAGUUUGUUUGUUUUUUUUUCAAGGAAUAAUAUUGGCUUUUAUUAUUAUUAUUAUUUAGAAGAUAGGAGUUCCCCAGUCUGCAAGGCACAUCCUGAUGCUUCUUUCAAUCUUCCUCUUUCGUUUCUUUAUUUGGGCACAGUAAAAAAAAAAUCUAAAUGAUUUGUCUCUAUUUCUUCUCCUUUCCUCUUUUGUUUUUAAACCUGGUGGCUAUUUCAGAACUCAAGCCUCAUAGGAGAAAGGGUUUCUCCCAAGUUACGAGAAUGAUCUCCACUUCCUUUUCUCCAAACACCACAACCUUAUCCCAGCCACUAACAAACCUGUGCAAAUUGUGCUAUCUGAAGUGUUACCUGUCUAAUGCUUUGACCUCACCUACCAGUCCACUGAAGGUAUCAAAACAGUUGGUGGCCACAACUGCCUGAUCAAAGCCCCAUCCCCCUUUUUAUGCAUCAAUCAGGUGAUCAUGGCUGCCUUUUUGACCCACUCUGUGGAUGUUGGUGUCCAGUUACACCUCUGCAGAAUCAAAAUAAGAUAACUCUAGCACUCUUUAAAGUAUUCUCGAGUUCUUUCCUUUCCUCUUGUUCCUGUCAUUGUAAAGGCAUGAAUCGCUGGUAUCCACCAAAUCUUUUGGGCAUGCUGCUCCCAGAAUUCCCCAGCAAACCUACUGGAGGAUUCUGGGAGUUGCACCCCCAUGUUUCUGGUGUCAUGUUUCUAUGUAACCUAAAUCCACCACCGUUCAUCCAGUACUCGGAAGCUUGUCCUGCCUUUGUAUGGAAUCAGACGAAUUGCGUUUUUAAACAUUUCUGUAUCAGAUUUGGAAGUCUUGUAAUUUAUUUUUUACAGCAAAUGAUUUUAAUUGUGAGAGUCCCGGAACUCUCGUUGCCUCCCUUUGUGUGCCUUUAUUUCCAGAAUCGAUGGCAAACUGGAGAAUAAAUCAUACAUUUAUGUCCAC